AUGCCCGGUAUCGCGCCGAUUUCUAUAGCACUGUAUCGUAUGGCACCAGUUGAGCUGGAAGAUUUGAAGAAACAGCUUAAUGAUUUGAGGAUGAAAGGUUUUAUCCGACCGAGUGUGUUGCCAUGGGGCUCACCGAUUUUGUUUGCUAAGAAGAAAGAUGCCAGAUUAGCUAUUCGGAAAUGGAAGAUGCUUAAUGAUCUGGCAGAGAUGGGAUUGUAUUAUGUUGACGACGAUGGUUACAGCGAAUCGGUAUUCUUGUUUAGUCUUGUGGCUCAUCUUACUCUUAUUGUAAGAGCGAUUGAGUCACAGAGACAGGAACCGGAUUUCGAUGCCAUCCACGCUUUAAUCUCUAGUGGUGGUACUAAGAUAUAUCACAAUUUGAGGCAUCAAUAUUGGUGGAAUGGGAUGAAGAAGGAUGUUACACAGUUUGUGGCUAGAAGCCUAACCUGUCAACAGGUGAAGGCCAAACAUCAGAAACCGACGGGGUUAUUGCAACCAUUGCCUAUAGCGCAAAAGAAAUGGGAACAUAUUGUUAUGAAUUUUGUGACAAGUCUUCCAAAGUCACGGAGAGGCAACGAGGCCAUAUGGGCAACAGAUGAUGCAGAGGCACUUGGUAAUCUUUACGUGAAGAAGAUUGUAAGUUAUCAGGCGAGCAUCGAGAUGGCUUCAUUUGAGGUGUUGUACGGUAGACCUUGUAGGUCUCCAAUUUGUUGGACUGAGGUGGGCGAGACGGCCGUCUUAGGACCCGACAUUGUACUCGAGACUACCGAGAAGAUUAAAUUGAUCAGACAGAGAUUGCUCACAACUCAGAGCCGACAGAAGAGCUAUAUAGAUAGGCUCUCCACAGAAGGGUUUGAUGAGGUAGGAGACCAUGUUUUUCUGCAUGUGUCUCCACAGAAGGGUUUAAUGAGACUUGCUUCGCCACCACAGAUGGACAGGGUUUGCAAUGUUUUUCAUAUGUCGAUGCUACGAAAGUACGAACCAGAUCCAUCUCAUGUGUUAGAUUGGGUUGACGUGGACAUUGAUGAGGAUGUCUCCUAUGAAGAGUGA